UCCCCCGGCUCAAGCCAGCGCAGGCAGCAGUGGGUGGCGGCAGCAGACGAGCCGCGGCCCGCGAGGCCAUGAAGGUGAAGAAGGGUGGUGGCGGUGCUGGGACGGGGGUGGAGCCCGCUCUAGGGGCCUCGGGCCGGAGCGUGGAGCCCAAUCUGGAGCCAAAGUCGCAAGCAGAAUCCGAAUCUGGGUCCGAGUCAGAACCUGAGGCCGGCCCACGGCCCAGGCCAGGGCCCUUGCAGAGCAAGCAGCAGAUCAGGCCGGAGGACGUGCUGGGGCUACAGCAGAUCACAGGCGACUACCUGUGUUCCCCUGAGGAGAAUAUCUAUAAGAUCGAUUUCAUCAGGUUCAAGAUUCGGGACAUGGACUCAGGCACCGUCCUAUUUGAAAUAAAAAAGCCCCCAGCCUCAGAGCGGUUGCCCAUCAACCGGCGGGACCUGGACCCCAAUGCUGGGCGCUUUGUCCGCUACCAGUUCACACCUGCCUUCCUCCGCCUGAAGCAGGUGGGAGCCACGGUAGAGUUCACAGUGGGAGACAAGCCUGUCAACAAUUUCCGCAUGAUCGAGAGGCACUACUUCCGCAACCAGCUACUCAAAACUUUCGAUUUCCACUUUGGCUUCUGCAUCCCCAGCAGCAAGAACACCUGCGAGCACAUCUAUGAUUUCCCCCAACUCUCAGAGGAGCUAAUCAGCGAGAUGAUCCGUCACCCAUACGAAACGCAGUCUGACAGCUUCUACUUCGUGGAUGACCGGCUGGUGAUGCACAAUAAAGCGGAUUAUUCUUACAGCGGGACUCCCUGA